UAUUUUUUGGUCACGCUGAACGCAAUUUUUCAUUGUUUGAAACGCAAUAAAUUAAGAAAAAGUAAUGAAUUUAUGCCAAAGCCACCCACCAUGGCAGACAAUACCAGCAGUGGCGCUAACUCAAAUUUUCGACUAUCUGGAGCCCCAGGACAGAAGGUCGGCAGCAAGUGUUUGCUACACCUGGAGACAAAUAUUCUUUCAAAAACGAUACUUUAGAAACUUUCGCUUUCAAAUCGAUGUGGCGCGCGAUGAUCAGUUAACCUUCUUCCACCGCAGUAUGGCCCAUCUGGCCAGAGAGCUGGUCAUUGUCUUUGACUUUCACAAUGCAUUUCAGAUCCAGAAGAUGCGGCGACUUAUUUGCAAAGUGGCUCGUUGUGAAAAUAUCCAAGCGCUGCGUUUCCAAACCCACAAUGUAGGACUUUUGCCGGUUGGAAAUAUGCACAGUGAUCACAUCGUGGCCAUAGAACAAUGCUUUGUGGAACCUUUGAAGUUAUUUCUUAAUCGCAAGUGCAAGCCCUGUCAUCUGCUGGAUCUAGGUGCCAUUGAAGCACUCACCUACUACGGUCAGGACCUGCUUAGGUCCUGUGGCAAGCCACAGGAACUGCAGCAGCUGACACUGGCCAGCCUUAAGUACGAUCCUAGUCACUAUCCAAUACUCUCGCUGGACAUAACGCUGCUGCAGAAGUGCGCUAAUCUUCAGGUGCUGUCCCUGGACUACGACACGCUCACCGAUGAGCUGCUGCACACCAUCCAGGUGCUACCACUCCGAAAAUUUAUCAUCGUAGUCCAUGGCCUGGACAGCGAGGAGCAGGCCAGUGUCUCGGAGUAUGCGUGGGCCAACUUUGCCAGGCAUUUCACAAGCAUUGACCUAGUGCUGACCUUGGUGUACGCAUACGAGGCCAUUGAGCUGCUGCAGACUCGUGUCCUGCGUCGGCACAUGCCAGUGACCCAUGUGCGACUGCUAUUCUGUGAGUUCAUGAAUGCUGAGGCCCUGGACUGGAUGUCGCUGAACAAUAAGGACACGCUGCGGAGCAUCUACUAUAUGGACUCGGCGUAUAAGAAUAACAAUCGCUUGGACUACGCCCGUCACAACUUUCUGCGCCAGGACCCCUUUGUAAUGAUGGCCUGGCGUUGCAUGCGUCUGGAGGAGAUUGUAGUCCACGGCUAUCUGAUGGAUCCGCACAAUCUGGUGGGCAUUGCCCGUUUGCGAGGCCGUCAGCUGAAGCGUCUAGAGGUUUCCAUGAUUGACUGGUCCAUGGCUCCGCUGAAUGCCUACAAUGAGGAAAUCUGCUCCCUGCUGGGCCAACAGUGGGCACCCAUCAGAAUAGAUCAACUUCCUCCGUCGCUGUCCUAUGGCCCCGUAGACUAUGAAGUACGCGAUCAGUUCGUAUACGAGAUGUUGCGCCAGGAUCUCGGCUAGUAAGUGGAUGCAGCAGAAAA